AUGAAUGCAAAAGACGAAGACUUGUUCAUCACCAUUGACAGUAUUCUACAUAUCCAAACAACGGGGGCGCCCAGGGUGAUGGGAAACAAGGCUACGACAGCUGGCUGGCAGCCUGAACCUGAAACCAUUCCCCAUCUGCAAUCCACACCUCCACCGGUGGACAUGAGCAACGAGACCGUCGUCGCCUACACCAACCAUUCCAAUGUCCGGUUUAUGUCCAGUGCCGGGGGCUGUGACGCUCCAAGCAGUCUGGAUGUGCAGUUUUUGUGUCUGGCUUUCCUGGCGGAAUAUCACUCCAUCCUGGUUAUGGCUCCCUUGGGAAUGGUGUGUAACAUCCUGGCCUUGGUGACGUUUUUGGCCUCUCGUCUCCGCGACACGUCCACCUCGUGCUACCUGGUGGGACUGGCUGUCUGUGACUCCGUGGUGUUGCUAGGCGACAUGCUGGAGGUCUUGGUAACGGCCCAGGGUUGGACCGAGAGCUGCUUCUUCUGGUUGCCGCUUUGGUACCUCAGCGCCGUUGGUAGGUGCAUGUCUGCCUGGAUCAUCGUCACCUUCACCAUUGAGCGGUUUGUGUCCGUGGCGUUCCCGCUGAAACGACAGUCUAUUUGCACCGCCAAGAGGGCUAAGCAGAUGAUAGUGGUAUUGCUUCUUUUUAGCCUGGCGUCUAACGCCUACUUCUUUGUGCUCUUCGACUACAUUCCAUCGGUAAGCAACCCCAAUUCGUAUAGAUGUAAUGUGAAGCCAGCUAUGAUAGAAGAGUACCUGGUGUGCUCUAUCGUAUUCAAAAUUGGUAUGUCCAUUAUCCUCCCUAUUGUUAUAGUUGUGGUAUUCAAUACUGUCACUAUUCGCAUCCUGGAUGUGGUGAAGAGAAAGCGCCGGCAGAUGUCCUCAAAGAAAAACGACUCGAGCGAUGAACAAUCUCUUAUAGACAAAACCACGGCGAUGCUACUGGUCACGUCCACGUGCUACGUCGUGCUUGCUAUCCCUUACGUGGUCACCUGGAUUGUCACUUACUUCUACCAAUACAUCGAAGGGGCACCCGACAGGGCCCAGUCUCGGACCUAUUCAGGCAUCAAAAAGAUCACCCAUAUUUUCUAUGUCAUGAACUUUGCUAUCAACUUCUUUCUGUACUGUAUCUCCGGCACUGUGUUUCGUUCCGAGUUAUCCUUCGUGUUCAGGAACCGUUCCUGUCAGCGCCAGCGGAGCAUGUCCCCGACUGGGGUAUCCUCCAAUACCAUCGUUAACAGAAGGACCCUGCACGCCUCUAACAGAUCAGCCGCGGCCGCCAUGCAGAUGGGCACUUACCAUAAGAAGACCGACACUACUGAAGGAUCGCAACGUCCCUCGGUUGAAACUUCGAGCAAGGACGGACAGUGUGUCGGAAGCUCAAACUCUUCCAUUUGUGCUUCGUCCUCUUCUGGUCCUAAUGGUAAUGUUGUGGAAUCAAAACUAUAA